AUGGUAGAGGUGGUGCCGGCCGCCCCGCCCUGCGAGGUGUUCCUGGACCUGGCGUGGCCCGGCAGUAUGGCCAGGCGGGUGGUUGUGAGUGUAUCCCGGGACACAAGCCUGGGCCGGCAGUUCGUGCUGCUGUGCUCGGGCCAGCGGGGCGCCUGUUACGCCAAUACCAGGAUGCUUGAGGUGGAAUUUGAGGGACAGCCCGGGGAGUAUAUGUUGGGAGGUGACUAUCAGAACAAUGAUGGGGAGGGAGGAGACGCCCUGCUGCCUGACCUUACUCAGGGUGAGUAUUGGACGUCAGACAAGGCGGGAGCUGUUCGGCCAUGGGGCUAUGACACUGCUCUGGGUGCUCAGUUCCGUAUCACCACCAGGGACUUUCAUCCUGGUACUGGCUGGAGUGGUGUGUUUGGUGAGGUGGUGCGUGGUCUGGAGGUGGUGAAGGAGGCAUCUCAGCACCGCCCCAUUACUGAGGUGACUGUGGUGCGGUGUGGGGUCAUGCUGUCACGAUAA